GAGAGAGAGAGAGAGAGAGACACACACACACAGACAGACACAGACACAGACACAGAGACAGACAGACACAUAGUUAGACGAACACAGUGUUGUCCCGGAAAGAGAGAGAGAAAGAGAGGAGGUUAGCAUUAGCGUUAGCUCAGUACUGGGAGGAGAACACACACAUACACACACACACUCUCUCUCUCUCUCUCUUUCUCACUCACACACACACACACACACACACACACACACACACACACACAUACACAUACACACACACACACUUGGAGUCAUGAUUAAACUGUUCUCUUUAAAGCAGCAGAAGAAGGAUGAGGAGUCUGCGGGGGGAAACAGAACUGGGGCCGGGGGAAAGAAAGCCAGCGCGGCCCAGCUGCGGAUACAGAAAGACAUCAACGAGCUGAAUCUCCCGAAGACGUGUGAGAUUGUUUUUCCAGAUCAGGACGAUCUACUGAACUUUAAACUCAUUAUUUCACCAGAUGAGGGCUUCUAUAAAGGCGGAAAGUUUGUCUUUAGUUUUAAAGUAGGACAGGGUUACCCUCAUGACCCUCCUAAAGUAAAGUGUGAAACGAUGGUGUAUCACCCCAACAUCGACCUGGAGGGCAAUGUGUGUUUAAACAUACUGAGAGAAGACUGGAAGCCUGUGCUGACAAUUAACUCCAUUAUAUAUGGACUACAGUAUCUGUUCUUAGAGCCAAAUCCUGAGGAUCCUCUGAACAAGGAGGCAGCAGAGGUGCUGCAAUCGAACAGGCGGCUUUUUGAGCAGAACGUCCAGCGCUCGCUCCGUGGAGGCUAUGUUGGAGCUACCUAUUUCGAGCGGUGUCUCAAAUAAUAAUGCUCAUCGUUUACACACGCUGAGACACUGACUGACACUCUGACCGCUGGGGGGCGGGGUAUCCUAGGGAGGGGUGGGGUUAGGGGUAGGGCUUCGAGUGAAGGUUUGAUGAAUCGGUAACUGUUACACAGAGAAUUGUGUGUCAGUGAAACACUGCUGUGAUGUUUGGAUAUUGUACACACACAAACACACACAAUCCUGUACAAUGGGAAAACAAACAUCCCCUUCCUCCCUGACCAGUGUUGCGUGCCGAGCUCAGAGAACGCAGCAGUGAUGUUCAAUCUCACAAAAUGCAGAAAUUCUUUUACACACACACACACACACACGCGCGUCCCUGACAGCUUUGACGGAUGGACAGACGGACGGAUGGACUGACUUAUGAGAGUGGCUUUGACAGAUUGGGAGGUCAUUUGUUUUUGUUAGGAUUUUCUCCAUGUGUAUCUGUUUGUUGGGGGGGUGGGGAGGCAUGGGGUGCCCAUGAGGGUGGCCGGGGUGGGCAGGGUGUGUGACUAGUUAUUGUGCAAAGGGUCUGAGUUUGUUCGGGUGCCAGAAAUCUUACAAUCCUCUUGUGUAUAUUGAAAUCCCAGCUGUUCACAAUGACUGCAAUAUGAAUUAUGUUAAAUAAAAUAUGGACUUGAAUGCUUA